GUUCUCCGCGCUUCUCGGCUCUAUGAUAACAGGUAUAAAACUUGCGCGCAUCCUGUGAGCGGCAGAUUUGACGAAGUGCAUACAGUUCUGUGCAAACGAGCGCUAAAACUCUUACUCGCAAAGCCAUGUCCGUUUACCCGCUCAUCGCAAACUCCUCCUGCCGUCCACUGGACAUUGCAGAGAGGCUGUUCGAUGACACAUUCGUGCCUGGGAUUCGGGGCGGAGAUCUUUUUUCUCCCCCGGUCUACCAUCGUCGGUACUUUAUGACUCCACGGAGAGCCGACGACGCAAGCUUCGGCAGGUCGGACGAAGUCACCUGUACAUCGGACAAGUUCGCCCUCAACCUCGAUGUGAGGAAUUUCGCACCGGAAGACAUCUCGGUGAAGACGACGGAAAACGUAAUCGAAAUCCAUGCCAAGCACGAAGAGAAGUCUGACGACCACGGCUACGUUCUUCGAGAGUUCACGCGGCGAUAUACUCUUCCGGAAGAUGUGGACCCUGAGACGGUGACGUGCAACAUGUCUGCUAGGGGUGUUCUCACACUUCAAGCGCCGAGGAAGAAAGCCGUCAAAGAAGAGAAGAAUGUUCCCAUUGCUGUGGAACACGUGAAGAAAGACUCCGUCACAGAAAAGUAAUUAUGAACUGAACUAGUCUGUGAAUAGGUUCUGAGUGUGUGAUACUAAUUUUGUGAGUGUAAAAAAAGUGAUGUAUAUAACCGGCGUAAAUAAAGAGUUCGUGUCCUCUUGAAAUGCA